CACUGCCACAAAAAUUCCGGUACACAAAAAUUCCACUUUGUGGAAAAGAAUACUACAAGAAGUUCCUCCCCUACUGGUCUUCCUUCUUUGCCCGGCCCCGAUUACAAACUUAAAAACAAGAAGUGAAAAAACAAAGAGGGUGAGACUAGAACUAUCAGCUAUGACAAGUAUUUUAGCAAGCAAAACAUGUAUUUGGUCUCCGGCAGAUCAGGAUUAUUUGUCUAAGGGUAGAAGCUGCAGAAAUCCCACUUUUAAAUUCUCAAAUCUGGAUUCUCCUUCCAAAGAACUCUUUACUCCUAAUUUACACCUGGUAAGCGGACGUCACCAAAGUGCUAGAAACUUUGGGCCAGUUUUUUCUGGUGCACUUGAUGGUGAUAUGGAUCCAGAUGAGCCUACCGAUGAAAAGGACAAUGAGGAUUCUCCCAAGGAUGAACCUGGAGGGGUGAAUAGUGAGACUCUAAGGGAAAAGCUUGAAAGAAUUGUUGGAACAGACGACUCUACUUUCAGUGGGAUAGACUUGGCAACUCUUAUACGGAACAAAUUUGGGAGGUCCUACGAUGUUCAACUGAUAAAAAAGGAAUUCAUGGGAAGGAAUCUCCUUGCACUAAAUGUUAUGUGGAAGUACAGGGAACAGAGAUCUUUUCCUUUAACCGAAGAAGAGUAUCUACUGAGGCUUGAUGAUGUGGCAAACACAUUAAAAUGCUGGGGAGCUGUAUCACAUGUUCGGAACAGCCUCAAAAAAUUGAGAGAGAAAGAGAGGCCUCGGAUAGGGAAGGCUGUUAGCAUUUUUAUAGACAUGGAUGAGUCUGGAGGCCGUGCAAAUGAAUGGAUAUACAAGUAGAUGGUAGGAAAAAACAUUUAUUGAUUAGUCAGUGGUAUAUGGUGGUCCAUUUCUUUUUGGACAUUUAGCAUACGAUAUUUCCAGCCAUCAGUGGCUUAUUGAGGUGCUGGCUUUGCCAUCACAAAGAUACUCGAGCCACAGUUUUUUGCUGUAUAUUUUCUCUUCUUUUACCUCUAGGAUAUGUUUACUGGUUAGAAGACUUGGUGCCUUUUCGUUAAAACAAGAGUUCUCAUCUUGCAGCAGAGUAUUGAGUCCCUGUGUAGUUCCUUUAUGAUUGUGACAAUGUUACUACGGCUCCUACGUGUAGUCUGUGUUGAAAGUAAAUCCGAAAGCCUUCUGUUAUCCAGCUAA